CAAGAUGAAUGUGUUUCUGUCUCUUCUGUUGGCUGCUGUCACUUGCAUGGAUUUGGGACACUCCUUGCAGUGUUACACGUGCAAGGAUUUGACUCCAGUUGAGGAGUGCCUGACAAUCGAGAACUGCACAGCGUCGGAGAACAUAUGCAAGACUACGAUCUAUUCCCGGGAGGAUGUUUAUCCUGCCCCGGAAGUCUCGACUGUCACCAAGAUGUGCUCUUCCGUCUGCGAACCCUCCGACGUGGAUGGCAUCGGGAUGACACAUCCUGUGAGCUGCUGCUACUCCGACCUGUGCAACUUCGAUGGCGCAGCAAGUUUGGGGAUCAGCGUUGUGCCAGUUGGGAUCCUGGCAUGUUCCCUCUGUGCCUUUUUCUGGACUAGACUGUGAGGGGAUGGCGGGAGUAAUUUAUUCCAAAAAUUCCAUGAAGAAAAUACCCGCCCCACCAGCCCAGCUUUCUGUGUGGAUGCCUAAUGAACAACACUUAACAGCUCACAAAAAUGGUUUGGUUUUUGGUUUUAUUUUAAUUUUUUUUUUUAAUAUCCACACUUUCCCCACAACUAAGAGAGAAGCAAAGCUCAGGAAGGCCCAGCUCAAUGUUUUAAUUGAUUUUUUUCAACAACUGCCCCAAAAUUAACUGCGGAGUUUCUUUGCUGUGCUGGUCUGGUUGGGUUUGAAGUAAAAAAAUCAAAUGCAUGAAGUAUAUUUAAGGCAAGAAAUCUUAAGAAGAGCUUUCCCUAUCUCCUUAGAGCAGGUUCUCUCCACCCCAUCAUUUUUGCUGUUCUUUCCUAGAUCUUCUUUGUACCCAAAAAAUUAAGGAGACAUUUCUGUGUCCAAAAUAUGAGGCAGGAGCCUGAACUUCCCAUACCAAUGAUCUGUUCCAGGGAGGUUAAAAUCUCAUGUUCUCUGUAGUCUUUUGAGCAGAAUAAAGAGAAUCUUGUGUUAAAA